AUGAAGGUAAGGUAUGGCUGCCAGUCGAUCAUGGGACCGUUAGUGGUGCUGGUCCUGGUGGGCCUCAUGGCUCAUGCCGUAUUGGGCGGGAGCGAUUGCCAAGGCAAGGUGGGCGCUUACUCCUACGACCUCUCCCCGCUGGCCAGGCAGCUUGGUGAUAACGAUGUUGUGCUCGACGAUUGGGGCAACACCUACUUCUACUCCGUGUGCGGCGUGGUGAGCAACACCUUCUGCCAGACGGUGGACGACAUGACCCCUGCUGUGUGUCAGAAGGACCAGCGCCAACCCCCCCAGGCGGGAGCGACUCCGAGGGCUUCACUCUCGCCUUCUCUUCUCAGGACCGCGCCGCCCGAGUUCACUUCAAG